GGCCAAGCGUUGUAGCUUUCCGUCCUGAUGAAAAUAUCAAAGUGUGCAGUGUCCUUGUAUUGUGUCACAGAGCGGAGGUAUAGCAGCCAGUGGCGAAGCAUCAGCGGAGCAGAGAGGCCAGUCUGUCCUCGGCCGUCAGGAACCAUAAGGUCCCCCCUCUGACUGAUUGAUCCCCGGCUUGUGGAGCCGCUUUCUCCUUGGAUGACCUACACGCAACCUCUCGCAGGAGCAGCGGACGUCGGUUCAUUACAACUGAACACCUGCUGGUCAGGAGGUGCAGCGGGGUGCGUAUUAAUACACAGCGGGCAACAAGUCAGACGGGUGCGUUGCAGGCUUCAGGCCGACUGUGGAGCAGCUGACCUGGGGAGCAAAACACGGCACGCUGCCAAAUUCUGUCCCCCAUCGUGGCUGCGUCAGGAGGAGCGGACAGAGGACUGGAAGUUACACAGCUGACAAUCAAUGCGUACACCUGAUCAUUUGAGCAGACAGACAGGUCUUUAAACGCAGACAGGAAUAUCUUGGCGUUCACAUGAUGUACACAAUCACCAGAGGUCCCAGCAAACUUGUUACACAACGGAGGACAGGUCCCACACAACAGAUCGAGAGCAAAUUCAGCGACUUGAAGCUCAAGCCGACGUCUUGGCUCUCAUCAAACUCUCCGCCCCCAAAGAUCGUGUUCAAUCGUCUGAAUGGGAAACGCUACCAUGGUGCAGCCACACAGAAGACUGCCAGCCCGGCAGAGGGAUUCACUCCUGCACAUGAAGAGAACGUCAGAUUUGUGUAUGAAGCAUGGCAGGAGGUGGAGAGGAAGCUGGGGGACGGGGACAAUGGGGAGUCAUCUGACAGCCAGGCGCCCAUUCAGUACACUGAGAAGACUCCCGGUGCUGCGAUGAAGAACUUUGUGCCCAUAGAUCUGGAGGAGUGGUGGGCCCAGCGCUUCCUUGCCAACAUUGCCAACCUGUCAUGACUGGGUGAGGCUCUGAGCCAGGACAGGAAGCACCGCGCUGAUGCUCCACAGUGAGGGCGUCGCAAGGGUGAAGAGGAGGCGAAGCAAGUCUCCGAGACUUACGGUGUGAAAAGGUCGCAUGUAAUUUGGAAUCUGAUUCGAUGCCCUGCGCUUCACGCUGCUGUAGAGAGAGAAGAAACACUGGGUGCACAACACAAACCCUCUGACAGCGCUGACGUGAUUGUGCUGCUACAAAGGACCCGCCUCUACUUGAAUGACGUAUCGGAUAGAAGUUGUGAGAACCCUGCCUCCUUUCUCAAGUGUUCUCGGCUGUAUGUACAUCUUGGCUGAUCUUUGGAUAUAAAUCUGUUGAAAAGCAAAAAAAAGUAAAAUGUUUUUCAAAAA